AUGACUAUUGAAGGAUUUGAGUGUCUGUCGAUGAGCUACAUCGAAUUGCYUCAAUUAAGUGAAACUACCUUGCAAAAUUCGCUGAUUCGUUCUUCCAAGCUAGCUUACCUUGAUUUGAGUGGACAACCAAUAGUGAACAUUGACUUUAUCAGCCUGGGUAAAGUACCCCCUCUUCGAACUCUGAUUUUAAAUGACUGUCUAAAGCUUUCCACUGGGUCAGAACAGUUCAUUGAUGUCAUAAGACRGCUAGAUAAUCUUAGAUACCUCUCACUGAAUGGAGUUUGUUUAUSUCCAAAACAAGCUAUUGCGAUUGCUAAGGCUCGACCAGAAUUAUUUCUUCUAGGUCUAUSGGCCCACCAUGGUAAACGAGCAAAUAACCUUGUCACUACUCCUUACCGUAACUGGAAAGAUGCCAGAGCAGACUUUUCAAAACAUAGUAAACUUGAAUACCACCGAGAUUCCAAGACAAAGAUGGAUGCAUUUAUUCAAAUGAUGACUAAUCCGUCUCUUGACAUUCAGAACAGGAUUUCUCAAGAAGUGGAAAAGCAAGUUUUGAAAAACAGAGCCUUUCUGACAUCAAUUAUUAAAUGCAUCGAGUUAUGCGGGCGUCAAGGUAUAGGUUUAAGAGGCCAUAGAGAUGACGCAAACUCUAACGCAAGCAACCAAGGGAAUUUCAAGGCUUUGAUUGAGCUACGGCUUGAUGCCGGUGACACAGAGCUUUAUGAACAUCUCCAAACUUCAAAUCGCAACUCGUACAUGUCAAAAACAACCCAAAACGAGCUUUUGCUGUGUAUCAAGAAGUAUAUACAGAGCCAAUUUAUUAAUCAAGUCAAGAGUUCAGGAGGGUUCUUUGGUAUUGAAGCAGACGAAGUAACAGAUUCAGCUAACUGGGAGCAGCUUGGCCUGGUUAUUCGUUACUUAUAUAAUGAAAAAGUAACCGAGAGACUUGUGUCCUACAUUCAAUGUGAAGGCUGCACUGGGCGAGAGAUAUGUGACGAAAUUGUACAGGAACUGUCAAACUUGGGGUUGGAUCCCAAAAUGUGCCGAGCGCAAACGUAUGACGGUGCAGGUGCCAUGUCAGGAUGCCACAAUGGCUGUGCCAAACUCUUCCAGGAUGUCUCCCCUAGAGCUUUUUAUUUUCAUUGUGCAAGCCACGAACUAAAUUUGGCUCUAUCACAUGCAUCCAAGGUAGCUGAGAUCAACAAUAUGGUGUCAGCUCUCAAGUCAGUGGGCAUUUUUUUCAAGUAUUCCCCCAAACGACAACGUGAGCUAGAAGAAAGCAUUAUUGCUGUGGAUGAAGGAGCUAAAAUCAACAAUCAAUCGGAAUUUGAAGAAAAUGAAGUUGGAAUUGACAGCGGCGAUGACAGCAGUGAAUCGGAAGAAGAAGAAGAAGACRAGGUGUGYGAAGAAGAAAGUGCAGACAAGGAAGAAAACAGAAAAAGUGACGAUAGUAAAGAAGAAGAUAGUGCCAAGAGAAAAGCUGCAAAAGUGAAGAUAAAGCCGCUUUGCGAGACGCGAUGGGUAGAACGUCACACUGCAUUUCAAGACUUUGAAGACCUUUACGAACCUCUCCUUCUUUGCCUAGAUAGGAUAUCACAAAAUAAAGGUUCCAGAAAGUGGGAUGCCAAAUCUAAGACUGAGGCACAAGGUUUGUUCCACCAAAUAACAAAACCCGCGUUCAUCUCUGCUUUUUGUACCGCUAAGUACCUUUUUGGCUAUACAGUUGGCCUCAGCCGUUCCUUGCAGGGCUCUACAUUGAAUUUCGUUGAUGCAUACAAUCACAUCAAUGUAGUGAAGAACCACCUUCAGGAUAUAAGAACAAAUGCAAAGUCCAAGUUUGCAGGAUCCAUCAAAGACAAGAUGAAUGCUAUGACUAAAACGGCAGGCGUGAAAAUUACCAUCCCCCGAGUGUGUGGCAGACAGAUAUUGCGCAGUAAUGUACAGUCUAAGGGCCCACUUGCCUACUUUAGACGAAGCAUUUUCGUCCCGUUCCUUGAUGGCCUGUUGGACCAGAUGGCUAACCGCUUUGAUGGACUGUCCAAAUCAGCAGUAUUUGGACUGCUUCUCAUUCCUGUUAAUCUUGAUAAGCUUGAUAAAUCCUCCAGUAGCGAAGUGAUUCAGCAUUAUUCACCUGAUCUGCCAGCAGCAACUAGUGCGCCGCAAGAAAUGGAGCUAUGGAAGCAUUAUUGGGCCACUGUUGAAGAAAAACCAAGCAAUUUGCAAGACACCUUAAACGCUUGCAACGUAAGUCUUUAUCCGAAUAUUCACACCAUUCUGCGUGUACUUUCCAUCACACCUGUAACAAGCGCCACAGUAGAACGUAGCAACUCUUCACUACGUUUUGUCAAGAAUCUUUACAGAACCACAAUGUCGGAAGAUCGACUUAAUGCGCUACUUCUACUUUUUAUCCAUAAAGAUAAUAUUCCUUUGGACUACUCGGCAGUUGUUGACAUGUUUGCAUCCCGCAAUCCAAGGAGAAUGACCUUUCUCAACCCACUUAGUGACAAACUUUUUGAUGUUGUCACAUUUGUUGCAAAACAUGAUUGA